AUGGACAGACAAGUGGAGAAUUGUGUAAAAACAUGUAAAGCUUGUACUCUGGUAGCAUACUGUGAUCCUCCAGUGCCGAUGAUCCGUACCAGGAUUCCUACAAAACCCUGGGCGAAUCUGGCAAUCGAUUUUGUCGGACCGUUACCAUCCGGUCACAAUCUCUUAGUAAUCAUCGAUUAUUUCAGCCGAUUUGCUGAGGUAAUCAUAAUGAAACAAAUUACGGCGACUCUUACAGUGAAAGCUCUGCACGAAACAUUUUGCCGAUUCGGAAUGCCGGAGUCGAUCAAAACAGAUAACGGACCCCAAUUUAUUAGCUCGGAAUUUCACGACUUCUGCAAGCAAUUUGGCAUCGACCAUGUAAAAACUACACCCUACUGGCCACAGGCCAAUGGUGAAGUGGAAAGGCUGAAUCGUUCGAUAGGCAAAAGAUUAAAAAUAAGUCAUGAAUCAACAGGAUCAGACUGGCAGUGGGACCUAAGAAUAUUUGUACUGAUGUAUAAUUCAACACCGCAUUCAACAACGGGGGUGGCCCCUUCUAGCAUGCUGUUUGGAAGAAAACUCAAAGAUAAACUGCCGGGGCUGAUGAUGAAAGACGAACAUAUACUGGAAGAAAUUCGGGAUCGGGACCAUGAGAAGAAGAUGAAGGAGGCGGAAUAUAGCGAUAAACGACGCGGAGCUAGGUCGGACGAUCUAGAAGAAGGAGAUAAGGUAGUAAUCAAACGUAUCCAAAAAGAUAACAAACUAUCAACGACAUUCGAUCCGGAGGAGUACAUCGUCAUUGCACGAAAGGGUUCCGACGUAACAUUGAAGUCGACGAUGUCUGGACGGAUCAUUCAUCGCAACAUCUCUCAUCUGAAGAAACUCUACGCUACCGAGUUUGGACAAGAAGAAACGAAGGAAGCCGGAAAUGGAUCGGAAACUCAACAGCUACAGAAGCCAUCAACUACGGUAAAGACUGUUUGCGACCAAAACGUCAUAUGA